AUGCGUCGGCAGCUCAGCUCGAGCAACCUCGACGACAUGUACAUCGUGCGCGGGCUCGAGAUCGCCAACUGCCGCAUCACGGGCACCAGCAUGGUCAAGCGCAAGGGCUUCCUCGCCAAGCACUCGAUUGUCUACCACGUCAAGGUCAUUAGCGGCAGCCACGUCUACGUCGUCGACUGCGUCUACGAAGACUUUGCGCGCUUCUACAAGGCGCUGCGGACGGCGCCCAAAUCGGCGGCGGCAUUUCUCCAAUCGAUCGCGAGCUUUCCGUGCCCGAAAAAAUCGCUCUUUGGUCGCCACGACGCGCUCGUCAUCAAGGGCAUGUGCGGCCAGUUGGAGAAUCACUUGACCAACGUGCUUCGCCAGUGCCAUAUCCACAGCGCUGCGCAGCCCGCGCUCAAGGAGCACGUCAACGCAUGCAUCAUUGCGUUUGUGACGCAUAUCGAUCCCAUUCACGCGCCACGGGGCCGCUGCCACCCCGUGUUGAGCCCACACACGCAGGCAGACGCGGUGCGCCGGUGCCUCUCGUCUACCGUCGUGUAG